GUCUUUCUUUUCGCGCAUCAUGGCGGACCGGUUCAAUAAGGUUCUGCUGCUUGAUGGCAGGGGCCACUUGCUUGGUCGGCUUGCUGCCAUUGUGGCUAAACAAGUCCUCCUGGGACACAAAGUUGUGGUGGUGAGAUGUGAAGGAAUCAACAUCUCCGGAAACUUUUACCGCAACAAGCUGAAGUACCUGGCUUUCCUGCGUAAGAGGAUGAACACCAACCCCUCUCGUGGACCUUACCACUUCAGAGCUCCGAGCAGGAUCUUCUGGAGGACUGUCAGAGGCAUGCUGCCCCACAAAACAAAGAGAGGACAGGCUGCUCUGGAGAGGCUGAAGGUGUUCGAUGGUAUUCCUCCACCCUAUGACAAGAGGAAGCGCAUGGUUGUUCCAGCUGCUCUUAAGAUUGUGCGUCUGAAGCCCACUCGCAAGUUCGCCCUCCUUGGCCGUCUUGCACAUGAGGUUGGCUGGAAGUACCAGGCUAUCACAGCCACCCUGGAGGAGAAGAGAAAAGAGAAGGCCAAGCUCCGCUACGGAAAGAAAAAGACAGUGAACAAGCUGACCAAGCUGGCAGAAAAGAACGUCGAGGCCAAGAUUGCAAAAUACACAGACGUUCUUAAACAAUACGGAGUCCUUGUCUGAGCUGUUCUGGCCAAUAAAGAUAAAUACACGUUCAUA